AAACGAAAGCGACCAAAUGUUCUGAUAACGGGAACGCCCGGGACGGGAAAGACGGCCACGGCCUCCUUACUGGCGGAACGCUUGGGCAUGAAACACGUGAGUCCGGGAGACUUGGCGAAAGAACACAAGCUCUACGAAGGACGCGACGAGGAACUGGAUACCAAUAUUUUGGACGAAGACAAACUAAUCGACUUGCUGGAAAACAUCCUGGAAGAAGCCGAACAAGAAGGCGUGGGCGUGGUUGUCGAUUUCCACGUUUGCGAAAUAUUUCCCGAGCGUUGGUUCGACUUGGUACUGGUACUGCGUGCUCGUACCGAAGUUCUCUUCGAUCGCCUCACCACACGAGCGUAUUCGGAAAAGAAACGGGCCGAGAACAUGGAAUCGGAGAUCAUGCAAGUUAUUUUAGACGAAGCUCGCGAAUCAUACGAUCCACUGAUUGUGCAUGAAGUACCAUCUAAUACACUGGAAGAAAUGGAAAGCAAUAUUGAACGAGUCCGACUCUGGAGUCAGCAAUGGAUUACUGACCAC